GUUUUACUGUUUCUGUUUAUUUAUAGCGCGCAAUAUUUAAGGUUAUGGAUGCGAUUUUAGUUACUAGUUGAUAAGGUUUGAUUGAUUUGUCAUUUGAAUCCAAUUUCCUCUAAAAAUUGUGUGAUUCUAUGUGUUGUAAUUCUACCUUCUAAACUAAUGUCUGAGACCGAAUCAUCAGGGAUUUGUCCCAUGUGCGAUAGGACAUUUCCAUUGAAAACUCUGGAAUCGCAUGUCAACAAAUGUAUAUUUCUUUCAGAAAAAUCUAAUAAUGGACCCAAAAGAAUGUGUGGUGAAACAAGCUCGGAGGCUUUACUGUUUUCAGCAUGUAAGAAAGCCAAAACUCAAGGAAACACUCAAGACAAGCAAGAAAAAGAUGUAUCUUUCCAAUCAUCAGUUCCUUUGGCUGAGCAAAUGAGACCAACUACAUUGAAGGACUUCAUUGGUCAAAACCAGGUUUUGGGUGAAAACAAAAUAUUACGUUCUUUGCUACAGCAACAGGAUAUACCAAGCAUGAUUCUUUGGGGACCACCUGGAUGUGGAAAGACAACUCUUGCGCAUAUAAUCAAUAAAAUGAUACAAGAGAAUACGUCAAAUCAGACCAGAUUUGUGAAACUAUCUGCGGUCACUGCUGGUGUCAAUGAACUUAAAGAAAUUGUUAAAGUAGCAAAAAAUGAGCUCCAGCUCUUCAAAAGGAGGACUAUUCUAUUUAUGGAUGAGAUUCAUCGAUUCAAUAAGCUACAACAGGAUUCGUUUCUACCUCACGUGGAGUCUGGAAUUCUAACUUUGAUUGGAGCGACUACUGAAAACCCAUCGUUCAGUUUGAACUCAGCCCUGCUGAGUCGUUGCCGAGUGGUUGUUCUCGAAAAGUUGAAGACUAAAGAUCUUCUGAAAAUACUGCGGAGAGCGGCUGAGAAGCUUGGUUGUCUUGUCAUAGAUAGCGACAAUGUAGACGAAGACAGCAGCUCCGAAGAGUCUGAUCAAGAUAUAGCUGAGGACAAUGAAAGUUCACCACCAGUUGUGGAAGAUGGUGAACAUAAGUUCACCAUUGAGGAGGACUUGCUGAUAUGGCUGGCGAAGAUUUCUGAUGGCGACGCGAGAAUAGCUUUGAACAGCCUGCACAUAGCGUUGCAGUACCAGAAGGAUGAGGGCAACAGGGAUAACAAAAUCACUCUGGACGACAUAAAAAAUGGCAUCAAGAGAUCGCAUCUGCUGUAUGAUCGGAAAGGCGACCAGCAUUACAAUACGAUAUCGGCGCUGCACAAGUCGAUUCGUGCGUCGGACGAUAAUGCCACUCUGUACUGGCUGACGAGGAUGAUGCAGGGAGGCGAGGACCCCUUGUUCAUAGCACGACGGCUGGUGCGGGCGGCUAGUGAAGAUAUUGGCCUAGCUGAUCCAUCGGCUUUGUCAAUAGCCGUCUCUGCCAUGCAAGGCUGUCAGCUGAUUGGAAUGCCCGAGUGUGAUGUGUUGCUGGCUCAGGCUGCCGUUUAUCUAGCCAGAGCUCCGAAAUCGAGAGAAAUGGAUCGUGCACUGGGCAAUGCGAAGAUGUGCAUAGCCAAUCACGAGGGUCCCCUCCCUGAAGUGCCCCUACAUUUGAGGAAUGCCCCGACCAAAUUGAUGAGAGAAUUGAAUUAUGGAAAAGGUUACAAUGGAAGGCACAAGUCUGAAUCAGGUCUAAGUUACAUGCCUGAAGGUAUGGAGGGCACCGAUUUCUUCACGAGCUGAUAAAAUAAUAUAGAUGUCAGUUUUAUAACAUUUCUCAAGUAAUAAUCUAGAAUUUUCAAGGAAAUUAUCAGUUUUUCCACUGUAAUUUUUUUUUAUUAGAUGUUAUACUGUAUUAUUAUUGUUUAUAUUUUUGUAUCGUAUUGAUCUAUCCGUGUAUGAUAACUGUUCAUAAUCUAGGAAGAAGUGUGAUAAAAUAUUUAAGAAAAUUUGUAAAUAAAUACCGUAAUUCAAAAUGAAAUUAAUAAUAGUUUGAAUGAAUCUCAAAUAAA